CUUCGGUGUUGUUUUGGCUGCAAAGAGAAAGCCCGUUUUGUCGUGUAUAUUUUAAUAUAUAUUCGCCAGGUAAUAUCGUACUAAUCAUGCCCGGACAGGAUUCGGUUACUGUGGCCAUCGGUCCGCAGAAAUCAUCAGGUUUUGUCUUAAAGAAGAUCAUGAAUAUUCCGCCUCCAAACAUACUGGAGGGUCAAGACGACGAUAUUGAGAAGGAGAAACAGAGUGUGGGCGGUGAUGGGUCGUCAGGUGGGGGUGUCAGUGGUGGUUCAGGGGGCAUCACGGCCUCACUCACCCCCACCAUCUGGGACAAGACCAUCCCGUACGACGGCGAGAACUUCCACCUGGAGUACAUGGACCUGGAUGAGUUCCUGCUGGAGAACGGCAUUCCCGUGACGCUGGAGGAGGAGUUGAAUAAAGGUCUGGAGACGGAGCGGCGCGGUGGCGAGACAGAGGGGUCCUCCACAACCUCAGAGGAGCUGGCGGCCGUCCCAGAGAUGCUUGAGGAGGAGGAGGAGGAAGAAGAGGAGGAUACUCUCACUGAUGCAGCAGAACUGGAGUUGACGACGAAAACCAAAGGUGACGCAGGUCGCUUGACGCCCACCCCAAUCGACCCGGAAGAGAUCGAGGUGAACAUGGUGUUCCAGCCCGACCCCACAGACCUGGUCCUGUCCAGCGUUCCCGGAGGAGAACUCUUCAACCCACGAAAGCAUCGCUUCUCAGAAGACGAGCUGAAACCACAGCCAAUGAUCAAAAAAUCCAGGAAAGUGUUUGUUCCCGAGGAUGCAAAGGAUGACAAGUAUUGGUCGCGGAGGAAGAAGAACAACGUGGCGGCGAAACGUUCACGCGACGCUCGCCGCCUGAAGGAGAAUCAGAUCGCCGUUCGCGCCUCAUUCCUGGAGCGAGAAAACGCGGCAAUGCGGCAGGAAGUGGCCGAGCUGCGGAAAGACUGCGGCCGCUGCAAGAAGAUCAUGUCCCUGUACGAGGCCAAAUACGGAGCGCUGUAAGGGACAAAAUUCAUCAAGACACACCGCAAUCUCCCCUGAAAAAUUCACACCGUUUCCGCAGCUGGGGAUUAUGGGUAAUUUGUGUACAUUUGGUGGGUGGAUGAGUGGACGCUAGAGCACACGUUUAAUUCAGUAAUGUUUUCAAGAGUGUUAUGUUCAGUGGAUAUCAGGAAGUAAACUUGGGUUUAAUAGACACAAGGUCUCUUCUGUAGUGAAAGUGCCGUUGAGAGAGAAAUCCACCCUGGAAAAUUAAAACACAAAAUACUGCAUAAUUUCACCUCACAAAGCAUGAACUCGACUCAUCAUACCUCAUUACACUCCUCCCCACGACCCCAAUGUGGCUGCCAGACAGACCUUCACCUCGACUAGCGAUGAAAGCGGCGAGUUUAGAGCUUUAUUCAGUGCGAAAGAGAUGAUGGCGCCCUCUGUGGCGGAACGGAGGAAUUGCAUAUAGCGAUAAUCAAGAGUUAAGAGUUGGAGGUCAAUAUGAGAGGUUGUUUUGGUCAUGGUAACUGACCCUCCUGUGUCCUCCCCUUAUUUGCACUUGACACAUGUCUGAUUGUGUACAAACAUGUACAAGAGGUUAUUCACGCGCACGACCCACUAUAUGAAGCAAUGGUUUCGUCUCUUUUCUAUAAAAACGAGUGCUAGGAAGCUUUCAGAGGGUGAGCGAUGACGUCAGGGUGUUUGUGGUUGAUAACAGAGGCGUUGUCCCACCACCCCUCUGUCAGGCUCCUUCGUUUUCAGGACUGUAAAUAUACACUUGUUUCUCUCCACUGCACAUUUUUAAGGUGUAUUAUGUACAUGUGUGAUAUUUCUAUAGUGCAGAUUUUUUGAGUCUACCUUAUAGUGAUUGUAUAACUUCUACAAAGAGCUUCUACUCCGUUAUAAUUCAUCUUGAUGGUGACAAGCAAAUGUUAUUCAGACAAUAACGAAAUAUUUCUUAGUUGAAACAGGAACGUUUGUGCAGGGAUUUUAACUGUCAGUUGACUAAUCAGAUAGAUUGUUUGUUUUUUAGUUUCAGGGUUUAAUCCAAGGCAAUAAUACAUCAUUCGUCUUUACCUCAGAUUAGAUGUUUCUGUGUUGUAAUUUAAUUCUUGUGUUUUUAUUCGUCGUUAGCAGUGCUCUUCUAUGGGGUGCUGUGGAAUCGGCAGCUCAGCUCUGUUGUGUGCACGAUAAACGUGUGAUUAAUGGGUCUCAUUCACAAAACUGUUGUGCAUAAAACUUUGCAUUCUGUUUAAAUUGUUUGUAAAACCAUGUUCAUGUCAAUUUGUGUAACAUCUAAAUUGACACAUGGACAUAGUUUUUAAAACCAUUCUUGCAUAAAUUACGCAUUGCAUAAAUUUUACGUUUCAAUUUAAAUUGCUGUAUUCUGUGUAAACCGUUAAUUUUUGAAUAUCACUUAAUAAUUAUUGCGCAAAUUGAUGCGUUACUUAAAAACGUAAGAGUCAAAUUCUGUGUAAACCGUUCGCAGAAUAAUUAUUGCGUAAAUUGACGCAUUACUUAAAAACGUAAGUCAAAUUCUGUGUAAACCGUUCGCAGAAUAAUUUUUGCUUAAAUUGACGCAUUACUUAAAAACGUAAGUCAAAUUCUGUGUAAAUCGUUCACCAAAUUCUCAUGUAAAUUGAUGCAUUGCAUUAAAACCUACAUUGUCCCAUUCUGUGUAAAUCAUUUGUUAAACAAUAGCUUUAUUGGUUUACGAAGGAUUUACACAGGAAUGUGUUUUAUGAAUGAGGCCCAAUGUGUGAGACGGCAUAAAAACAUGGGAAUUAUUUAUUAUAAUUAUUAAUUGUUGUUACAUUGAUAUAGGAUCUGUAUAUGGAGUCAGUGACAUCAUCAGAGCCACCGUUCUUCGUUGGUAUUCCAGACAACAUGAGAGGGCCGUGAGGUUUCCGAAGCGUUUAGGGGUUAUAUUUUGAUAUGGAGGAAAAGCCAUAGUGGGCUUCGUGUGAUUAAAGCUGUCACGGUCGGGUUUUAUUAACGUGCAUCACAAAGUGUACUUACAUUUUAAUUUUCCCGCUGAAAAUGAACAAAACAGAAUUUCUUGGGGAUAAAAACUGUAUUUUUAUGGGUUCAGUUUCUGUUUAGUCAAAAUAAUGUAUUCAUUCAAAGGAUUGUGUUUUUGUGAACCGGUUGAAAAACGCACAUUUACAGGCAUGAAAGAUUGUUUAUCAGCUGAGUGCAUGUGAUGUCAUAGUGCAGUGGGCGUGUCCUUCCCUUCCACACAGAUAAACACGGUGACUGUUGCAUUCUUUAAUGUUUGUUUCUCACUUUACAUGUUUCAAUUAAUGUAUUCUGCAAGCCAAACACAUCUAGAACGUUCCAGUCAAUCUGUAUCACUGUGUUCAGAAGUUACAAGAACCAAACUUUGCUGGAUUUGUUUGUAUUUAGUUUUACGGCCAGUUUUGUGUGAGAUAAAUGAAUGCAAGUUCUUAGUCUGUUUUGUAGUUGUGACGUUGUACAAAUGAGUUCAAGCUUUAAAUCUGUGCAUAAACUCCAGAAGCUGAUUCUGUGUAGCAGUUUUAACAUGUGCAAAUCUGAUAUAUGAUGGUGCAUGUAAAAUGCAUUUAUGACUGGAGUUUAAUCUCUAUAUCCACGUAUAUCAGAUUUCUGUAUGAGGUUAUUAACACAACCAUGUAACGUUUCAUUUUAUAUAUAUAUUAGUACGUUUUUAAAAAAGGACUAUAUUUCUUUUUAAAGAGUGUUGUUUUAUAAAAAAGACACUUGUUUAUCUGAUGUGGGUCUCGUGUAUGUCUGGAUCAUGAAUAAAGAUAUAAAUGACCUUGCUGAGGUCGUGAUGGA